UGACACGUUUCCUUUCAAGAUGGCGGAUAAUCUCCCUUCGGAGUUUGAUGUGAUCGUAAUAGGGACGGGUUUGCCUGAAUCCAUCAUUGCAGCUGCAUGUUCAAGAAGUGGCCAGAGGGUUCUGCAUGUUGAUUCAAGAAGCUACUAUGGUGGAAACUGGGCCAGUUUUAGCUUUUCAGGAAUACUGUCCUGGCUAAAGGAAUACCAGGAAAAUAGUGAUGUUGUGAAUGAAAGCCCAGCCUGGCAAGAGCAGAUUCUUGAAAAUGAAGAAGCCAUUGCUCUUAGCAGGAAGGACAAAACCAUUCAACAUGUGGAAGUGUUUUGUUAUGCCAGUCAGGAUUUACAUGAAGAUGUUGAAGAAGCUGGUGCACUGCAGAAAAAUCAUGCUUCUGUGAUAUCUGGAAGCCCCACAGAAACUGCACAUUCUGCCUAUCUGCCUUCGGAAGAUGAGUCAUUAUGCACUGGGAGCUGUGAAAUGCCCACAGAACAAACUCCAAGCAGUGAUCUAGAGACUGCCCUAGAAAUAAACGAUGUGGGAGUAACAGGGGAAAAAGAAAAACAUUAUGACGAUAAAACUUGUGUGAAGUCAGCUUCAGAAGAAGAAACAAGUGAAAAUGUGCCUACAGCAGAAGACACUGCAUUGCCACCAAAGAAAAAUAGGAUUACUUACUCACAAAUUAUUAAAGAAGGCAGGAGAUUUAAUAUUGAUUUGGUAUCAAAAAUGGCGGUUAUGGUUAUGGAUGGUUAUGGCUUAGAAGUGGCCACAGGGAAUGGGUGGCGGCUCCACCUAGGGAUUACUGAGGUCGUGUUUGUGGAAGAGGUAGAUUCCUUCAUGAAACAGCAUGGGAAUGAGACUGCAGAUACAGUACUAAAGAAGCUGUAUGAAAAGUACCAGAAGAUGUGUGCAGUGUUUGGUGGAAUCUAUUGUCUUCGCCAUUCAGUACAGUGCCUUGUUGUGGACAAAGAAUCCAGAAAAUGUAAAGCAAUCAUAGAUCAGUUUGGUCAGAGAAUAAUCUCUAAGCAUUUCCUUGUGGAGGACAGUUACUUUUCUGAGAACACAUGCACACAUGUACAAUACCGGCAGAUUUCCAGGUCAGUCCUGAUUACAGACAGAUCUGUACUAAAAAUGGAUUCAGAUCAACAGGUAAUUUUACUGAAUAUUCCUGCUGAAAAAAAAGGGAAGUUCAUCAUCAGGAGAAUAGAUAUUAUUUCUUCUUUGAAUGUUUGUCAGAGAAAGACAUAUUUGGUUCAUUUGACUUGUACAUCUUCUAAAACAGCAAGAGAAGAUUUAGAACCAGUUGUGCAGAAAUUGUUUACUCCAUAUACUGAAACGGAGAUAGAAAAUGAAGAAGUUGAAAAACCAAGACUUCUGUGGGCUCUUUACUUCAAUAUGAGAGAUUCUUCAGAUGUCAGCAGGAACUCUUAUAAUGAUUUACCGUCCAACGUUUAUGUCUGCUCUGGCCCAGACUGUGGUUUAGGAAAUGAUAAUGCAGUCAAACAGGCUGAAACACUUUUCCAGCUAAUCUGCCCCAAUGAAGACUUCUGUCCACCCCCACCAAAUCCUGAAGACAUUAUCAUUGAUGGGGACAGUUUACAAUCAGAGGCUUCUGAAUUCAGUGUCCUACCAGAAGCUAACUCAGAGACUCCCAAGGAAAGCACAAGCCUGGGAAACCCAGAGGAGGCCUCUCAGUAAUGGAUAUAUGCCAAACUGAAUACCCCACUUUGGAAAUUCCUCCUGGCCUCAGAGUCUUCUUCAUGGAAGAACUAUUUGAAAAAUGUUAGAAAACAGCAGCCAGUUGACAUACAUAAUUACCAAGAGAAGCAGGUCAUAGAAAUCCAAAAGGGGAUUUUCCUUAAAGAGGACAUUGUAAGAACACAAAACACUUAUAAAGCACAUUGGCUUACCUGCUUUAAGUUACCAAACCUGUAGAAUUAGCAGAUAAAUAUAAAUGGAUGGGUUCCCAGGAGUAUAGUAGCUAUGGAUAUGAAAGUGUACCUAUGCAUUGUUAAUAAUUCUGUCAUAUUCAGAAAGCUUUUGCUUACCUCUUUGGAUCUUUGUUUGAAAGCCGCAUCUUCAGAAUCAGGUCACAUAUUUCCUUUGAUUAUUUUAAUUCUAUUUUCUUCAUGGGUAUGGGCAUGAUGACACCAAUGAUAAAAGCACACGUAAAUGUAGUUGAGGAAAGCUAAAGUAUCAUGAUCUAGGCAGGAGCCUAUGUUUGGAAUAGAGGUUUGGUUUGUUUUCUAUCUUGAGAACUCUUGAAAAUGCCAAUAUUAAAGUACACAUUUUUACAAAUAAA